AUGCAGCGGCUUCCUCGCCUCCUAAAUCUUUCCGAAAACACCGGUCAUCGGAUAUUGAAAUACCGCUACUUGUUGUUGGUUGCAUUGAGCUCAGCGAUCGAUAGCAGAAUCUUUCUCUUCUGUGGCAAAGCCCUAGCCGCAGGAGGUCCAGCUUCCCUCCUGUUGACAGAAGCACUUUCAUGUAUCAUGCUAUAUUGCGCCCUGGAUCCUCUCAUGGAGAUGAUGGUCUACCAGCCAUCGGGUUCUUUCAUUUGUUUCGCAUAUCAUUACAUCGAUCCAGCGUGGGCUUUUACUGUCGGGUGGAUCUACGUCUUCCACUGUUUCACGAUAAUUCCUUUUGACAUCAUCGCGGCCGCCAAAAUGAUGAAAGCCUUCCUCCCGUCCAUCAAUAUUGCAGUGUGGCUUAGCACCUUUAUCGUUGCACUCUCUGCAACGUCCCUCUCUGGAACUACAUAUUUUAUGCAGAUUUCUGCUCUAUUAACACUCGCUAAGCUUAUUAUGAUUACAGGCCUAGGGCUUCUUACGGUAUCUCUAGCUAGCAAAAAGGGUCUACCACCAGAGUACAAACCCUUCGAAUAUUGGAAAAGACCGGGUGCGUUUAACGGUGGUCUAUUUGGUGCUGCUGGGACGUUGUUCUUUUCCGGUACCAGUCCCAGCGGACUCGAUAUACUCAGCCUUGGUGCCCAAGAAUCAAAUUCGACGCCUGAUACAGUCCGGUUAGGCUCGCGAGCCCUAUUUUGGACUCUAACAACCCUACGCAUCUUCAAUGCAGUCGCUGCCGGGAUUGAAGCCCCAUUUACAGACCUCCGACUUCUCGACAGCCAUUCCGACUACGGCCGUGUCAGCACAACUUUCGACAAUACUUUCGGCUGUCUUUGGGGUAUCCAGGGCUUCGUUGGCACUGGCUAA